UUGCAAAGGGCACACUCUAGUAUUCAAACUACGCAUUAACCAGAAACGAUACCUCUUUCCUUCUCUUACUUUUUGCUUUUUAUUAACUGUCAAAAUCUGUUUUCGUCUAUUACAGUGUGUGUUUUGUGCUGGUAUUCAAUCACCACAAGGUCCUUAAGGUUACAAUCAAUAACUUUGAAAGUAAGCAACCUGUUAUUUAGUAUGUAGCGAAUUAUUUCGAGAUAGUCAUCAUGAACACAGUAGAUGGAAAAUUAGUAGUGCUCGGUUCUCAAGGUGUUGGAAAAACCAGUAUGAUAAGUCGGUACUCAGGAAAAACAUUUAAUCCACAUGCUAGUCCCACAAUUGGUGCAUCAUUUUUUAACUGUAAUAUAAAUUUGGAAAACACAAGGGUAAAAAUUCAGAUAUGGGACACUGCAGGUCAGGAAAGAUUCAAAUCAAUGGCACCAAUGUACUACAGAAAUGCCAACGCUGCUCUUUUAGUCUUCGAUAUUACUCAAUACAACACAUUUUCUGCUGUAAAAUCGUGGAUCACUGAAUUACGAAGAAAUGUUGAAGGGCCAAUGGUAUUGGUUGUCGUAGGAAAUAAAAAUGACCUUUCAGAUCAACGUAAAGUUGAUUCGGAAGACGCUCAAAAAUAUGCAACAAUGAUUGGAGCUAGUUAUUACGAAACUUCAGUACUUCAUGAUGAAGGUAUCCUGAGAGUAUUUCAAUCUAUUGCCAUCGGUCUAGUUAGAUUAAAAAAUGGCGAGCAUCAUACAUCGAGAGACUCACCAAGUUCAGGAAUAGGCAGUUUUGAUUCAGAUUUUCCUCUUACACCAUCGAGUGAAGAGGCUCUUGUUAAUUCUAUUGCUCAUGGAAUACAUGAAAAACCACCAGCGUGUUGCUAAUGCAUUAGCAUCGCAGUUUGUAACCAGCGUGCUGCUGAAAUCAUACAAUCGUGUUUUUUUUUAAUUUUUUUUAUUGUUAAUAUAGCUAUUAUUUCACAAAAUAACAAACUUCGACUUAAUGGUUGAAUAAAAGUACUUUAUCGUGUUAUAUUUUAUAAAGAUUUAACAACUGCAAAUGAUUUACAUAGACAAGCUGAUAAGCGCAAGACUGCCUUUGCAUUUUCAUUAUUUUUCAAUCUAAAUAACAUAACAAAUUAUUUUUUUAUGAAUCGUUAUUUUUUUUAUUAAAA